CCGACAAGACACGCAAGGAAUGCGCCCCCACUCACAGCACAGGAAAACCCCGGUAGAUACCCACCACCCAUGGCCAUUGACUCUGCUACAGUACACACGUCGACUACGACGCUUCUGGCGAAAAAAAAAACACCAUCAGUCGUCACUGUCGGCUGCACACGAUGCAGAAAGGCCACUACACGCAUCAUAGACGGCCUCGGCCGACACCGACAAUGCCACGCUGUCCUUCUCGUCACUGCUCAGCCGGUGCCAAUCGACUCGCAUGAGGUUGCAGGGGGGGGGUCAGGGCGGCGGUGUGGGGGCCGCUCUGCCGCGAUUGGGUUGAGCCGACGGGCGGCGACCCACCACUCAUCGGCACAUCCUCCACAUCGCCAUCAUGUGGCGUCUCCACCACGGUGGGCGCGCUCGCGAGAACCUCCGGGAUGGCCUCCUGCAUGCAGCAGAACAAACAACACAGAUGGACAUAUUUAAAGACACGCGAGGAUUUCUCCCUCACUGACCGGUCGGCUGCCCUUCUCGAUGAGCGCUCGUUUGGCCUUCCGGAAGGCCUCAUAGAGGCCCCGCCAGCCGCCAGUGUGCUGCUGAUCUAUCGAUGCCUCAUUGUCGGCCGUUUCCAGAUCGCUGCGGGCGGUCCGCCUGAGGGCCGCCUGGUGCGCCUGCUCUCUGCUGACGAGCUCGUCAACCACAUAGCACAAGUUGGCCUGGAGGUCGUGCAAGGUGAUGCCCGCAGAUACGUCUGAGAGCUCCGGCUGUCCACUUGACUCAUCACUGGACGUCUUGCCGGCCUCCAACUGGGUUGACACUGGACACAUCACAAUCACAUGACAACGUGCAUGAAUCAAGAUCAAGCAGCGAUCUGACCUUCGCCAGAGCGUUGAAUGCGAAACACAUUGAAGAGAUCGCUCGUCCUCAUGUGCCUCAGACCCUGGACACCCACACAGGUCGAUCGACCAUACACAUGGGGGUCUUCUGUCCUUCGCCUUACUUACCGUGACUGUGCGGUCGUCAGGUCUAGGCAGAUGGACAACCACAUGGCCUCGACGUCGGCUGCGCAU